AAUAGAUAAUAUCGCGUAUUUUCCUCUUGAAGCAAAUUUUUUGGAAAGUAUCUGUUCAAAAAUUUCCUUCCUAACUGAAAACUGCUUUUUUCGAAACAGACUGCUCUCUCCCACAUACAUCUCUUAAGGGGGGUUGUUUCUCUUCGUCCGAAACGUUCUAGUUCGCAGGCGCUAAAUUAUUUCCUACUCGGAAGCUCGGUUACGUAGCUGUUUUGUACUCAAAAUAUCCAAAGUUCGAGUAGAAUUUUUUGAGAUAAAAUUUUACGUUUCCAACUCAAUCUCUAUGGUAACGGACGAAAAUCUUUUUUCGGCCACGGGAUAUAUAUGAAUUGGCCGGUAAAUGUUUGCCAUUCAGUCUGAAAACAGUAUUCGUCCGGUAGAUUUCGCUUUCACUGAAAAAGUGCCGAGAAUCAGGUGGCCUAUUAGUACAGGAUCCCCGCUAAACGGUUUCCCUAGUUAAAUCUUUUUUUUAAAAAAAAAGUAAAGUAGUCGUAAAAGAUAUAUAUCCAAUUGUGAAGCGUCGCUUAUCAGAGCAUCGGUUCAGAUAAAGUGCAGAGAAAUUGCCUGUUGGAAGAUACCGAGUUCAUUUGGUUGAUUCGUUUUUUACGUGCGAGACCUAGUUUAGUCUGCGAUAGUGACGCGGGAUUAGAAGAGGAGCUCCAUCUUUUAUAGAUACAUGGGAUAUCUACGCUUAGUGUGUAGAAAGAUGCAUUUCGAAUGAUGCAGUUUUUAGUGUGAUUUCUCUGAAUUUUCAAGUUGAACGAACUGUGCGUGUGCAAUAAAUUUAGUGCAACCAUUCGGGACGAACUAUACUGAAAUUCGUGUGAACUGAAAGACUGACUGUACUGAAUCUAUUCGAGGUCGAUUUGAUAGUGUAUUUUUUUUCUUGUUAUUCGUUCGUUGGGCUUCAAUUAAAUUUUGAAGCAAGCUCUUUCAAAAUAGGUCAAUACAGGAAUUUUAUAAAAGUUACGAUGAAAACGGACGACAAAAACACAGUACCAAAAGUACGGAUCGCCGUACUAGGCAACGUAAAUGUUGGAAAAUCAGCGUUGACAGUACGUUACCUCACCAGGCGCUUUAUUGGCGAAUAUCGAUCAAACACAGAUCUCCUCUACAAACAAAUCAUAUCUUUAGAUAGUGGACUUUUAGACGUUGAAAUUGUUGAUAUAUCGGCGGAGAAUGAGAGUGAUUUUCCUAUGGAACAGAUACAAUGGGCAGAUGCUUGUAUGAUUGUUUAUAGUAUAACAAACCGUGCCAGUUUCGAGUAUGCAUCAAGAUCAUUAGCUGAACUGAAAUCCCUGCAAAAUCCACCGUCAGCGUAUCUAGUAGGCAAUAAAGCAGAUUUGGAUCACUUACGAGAGGUAUCCGAACAAGAAGGCGCCUCACUAGCCGCAUCACAUGCUAUUGGAUUUUGCGAAGUUUCCGUGGCAGAGAAUACUCCCAGCUUAUACAAAGCCUUUGAACGACUUCUAAUUGAUUCGCGAGGACGACCGGUCAAACAGCGUAAAUUCUCUGUGAGUAAGAUGAUUGGAACAUUAAUUGGCAACAACAAUGGAACAACCAAACAAAUCCCCAUCAACCAGGGAACAGUGGUUCCAUGCAACAAGGGUGAAUUACACAAAUCACGUGUCCUGAAAAGACGCCAAGCAUUCACGGCCACAGCGUCCCUGUGACCAGCCGUUGCAUCAGCUCCAAAUCUGAUGGCCGGAUUAGAGAAUAAUUAGAUAGAGAGAGAAAAAGAUGAAGAUUCUGAUCAAAAUGGAAGUGCAAUAUGUACCGCGGGGCUACGAAGUGGAUGCGGAUUGUAAGCCGUCAAUUUUUUUUUUACGUUCAUCAUGCAAUUAUAGUCUAUAAGAGCAUUUUAUUACAAAUAUAUAUUUUUAAAUAUACCGAGGCCAACGCGAACAAGGUAGUUUAUUGCCAAAUAAAUGUUGGUACUCUCAGAACAGUUAUAUGUUCCGAAUGCGCUAGAAUUUGAAUAUUAUGAUAUACACAUCUUGGUUUUCCAUCAACAGGAAAAUGAGUAUUUCAUUCUGAUCGAUCUGGUCCAAUUUGAUCUGGUCAAGAAAUCGUGAUAAAUCUACUCUUAAAGGAUUAUGCUAUAUGACUGAAAUAUGCACAAAUUUUUAAGUAGAUGAAAAUUGAAAAUGUUCCCAAACAAUACUUUGGAGAGAAAGAAACUAUUCGAAUGUUUACAUUUGUGCAGAAAAUGGUUUUUGUAGUGUUAACGAACUAACAAACCAUAAAUUUGCAAUCAUAAAGUAGUUCAUGAAAGAAAAUGAAUCGAAUACAAUUUUUCUGACAAAGUAUUUAUGUUCAUCAAUUUCAAUAAAUUUCGAUUGAUUUCAAUCAAGCAGCUGAUGAUAUUAAAUUAGGUAAAAAGUGUUGAAUAAAUUCGCAGAAAUUUUUUUAAGAACGGAGUAAAUUCUUUAAUAAAGAAAUCUAGAUAGAAUUUAGACCAAGAAUUAGGAACUAAUUGCUUCUAUCCUAUAUAUAUAAUAUAAAAUUUUGCUACGCUCGAAAUAAGGGAAAUGAGAAAUAAGAGCGAACAUAAGGAUUUAAAUGUAUUUUAACAUUUUAAACUAUGCGAGAAUUAUCCACUUGUUCAUUUGCUCAUGAUGAGAACAGCGAAUCCCUAGCCUUUCUAAUAUUCUGCAAUAAUUCGUUUAAAUUCAAUCUGAUAUACAAAGUAACUAUGUAUACUUCAUAAUGAGGUCCUAUCAUCUUUAAGAUUUCCAUGAAAAAUUACAAAUCCAAGACACGAAAUCGCAUUCUUCCUAUAAUCCAUCUUCAAUGACCGAACAUUCGACACCCCAAGUUUUAUGAGCUGUUUAUUUUUAUGAAUUUUCAGAUAAAAUUGUAAUAAGCUCGUAAAACUUUGCUCCCAUAAUGCUUUUUUGUUACGUUUGCUUUUUUAUGUAAAAAAAAUUAAAUGUAAACUUGAAUGAAGUGGUAUUAGUGGUAUUAAUGCAAAAUUAAAGUGCUCGUAAAUUAUGCCUCAUAUAUUAUAUAAUAUAGAAUUUAAAAGCCAGUUUAAAAUAUUCUUAUGAAUGUUCUAAGAAUAUUAUAAUAUUUCUUAUGAUUUUUUGGAAAAAAAAUGUUUUAUUGCAAUUUUGAGCUAACCAUGCCAAGCAUUCUGUCCUGUUUGAAUCAUGAGCGAAUUAUCCCAAAAUAGAUGGAAAUUCUCAAUAUUACAAACUUCGAAACUAAAAUUUCUGCUCAAUUAUAAUGGAAAUAAUCUUCUUCAAAUAGAACCAAUUAGAAGGAAAAUAUUCAACAUCAAUUUCUAUCUAAACUUCUAUAAAUUAUCCAAAUUUCAAAUAAAAAAAAACUGAAAAAAAUGAAUAUCAUUUAAAAUUCGAAAAAAAAUUGCCCAACAUUUAUUGAAAAUAAAUUCAGUAUGGCUGUGAUAUGAAAAAUAAAUUUUAAGUAUAAACCAAAUAAAAUACUUAAGAAUUUUGUGUUACCAAAGGAAUGAAGUAAAAAUGAAUGCAACACUUUAUGAAAAAAAUAAAAUUUACUUCUUCAAAGUGGUCAUUUAUUACUGGAAACAAUAUUAGUCAAGUUAUAAUAAUUAAAAUAUUGUAAUCACUAAACAACUGAGAUGUAAUCCAUUUUCAUUUUUUUAGUAAUAAAUGCUGAUCUUAUGGAAUUUACCCACUUUCAAUAGAUUUAAUUGUUUUCCCCAAUCAAAUUGUUUAUUUUUAUAUCUAAAUCAAACCUGGAAGGACAAUAUGUUUUCAUCUGCUACAAACAUUAAUUCACAUUCAUUAAUCGUCCAGAAAAAUCAAAAGCUUUGGAAGUAUCUAUUAUAAACCAUGAAAAUUUCAUAGACUUAAAGCUGAUAUGCAUGUAUCCGUAAACUUUUAAAACCAACUUUUUCUGACAUGAAUAAUAAUGCUAAUUCACUCUUACAAUAAAGAAAGAAAUAUUUAUUCUAUAUUCUAUAAAAUAUAUGCAUGAUUAAUUAUUUAUUAUACCUCAACUGUUUGAAUGAAUAACACAAUAUGCCAUAACAGAGAAAAUGAAUUUGUAAACUUUUGCUGUACAGACACCUCUAUUAGUAAAAAUGAGUCAGUUCCAUGUACAAAUCAACAAAUACACUUUAGAAGAAGAAUGAAAAAAAAAAAGAUAAAUGUGCAACCCUACAAUACAAAACUAUGAAUAUAUCCACCACUGAUUACUAUUGUUAUUAUACUUUAACUUUUUCCAAUGGAGAACAAAAUAAUAAUAAUAAUAGAAAAUAAACUGUUAAUUAUAAACAAUUUAAA